GCCCCACUUUUAGCCAAACGUCAAAUCAUACGCUAGUGUGCGGUCGUCUGUGUCUACGGUCUGGUGAAAUUAGUCUUUUUCGCGACGUUUCGUAAGCUAGAAUUACUAGCAUAAAAGAAGUGAACAAUAAUCAGGGCGUGUGUGUUCAGUGAUAUUUUAAUCAAGAAUAAAUAAUACAAGAUGUCUUUCAACACCGACAUUUCGACUAAAUUGGAGAACAGCAGGAACACCUUGCGUAAAAUUGCCAGACAUGAUGACACCGAGUUCUCCAAACAGAGCAUCCUCAACGACAUGGAGAAGUUCGUCAAAAUGGUGAAUACCAUGGACGAGACCGUGCUCGUGCCGAGCAGGCUAAUGAACUUGCAGCAAGAGGGUGACGAUGACCCGUUCAGCCUAUUCGCAAUGCUGAACGACUUGAAGACUGAGCUUCUGUGGGCUGGAGCUGACGUAGAGCACGUGGAGCGGGGUAGAAGAGUGUCCGACAUGAGUGACACCGAAAGUGACGCGUCCAGUGCGGCUGGAGACUCUGGGAUCGAGGGCGAGGAUGAAAGGGAGUCGGCGGCUCGCGCUGCGGCAAACUGCAGACGCCAUCUCCGCGGCCUGCGCCGCUGCCUGCGCCACCUCACCGCCGCCGCCGCACACCUCACGAGGUCGUAUCAAGAAGAGGUUGGGGCCCCAGUUUAAACUAUACCUGUGAUGAAACCUGCUCCCCACAUGUUGUACAUAUAGGCUAAGCGGCCCGCGCUGUAUAUAUAGGUUAUAGGGCUGGACGUGUGUGGAAAUCUCAGUAAGUUAUGUGGUUAUUUAAUAAACUUAAUGUCAAUAA